AUGUCGUCACAAUACAAGAUUUCACAAAUUGUAGGCGAGAAAUACUUUACGUCAACUCCUACGAGUGAUUGGUCAUAUUCUGGGUAUCUCGAGGCCGUGGAACAUUGCAUUAAUAACAGCACCAGAUUGAGUGCAUUAAAAUCUUUAUGGAGGAAACGAUUCAACGAACAUUUAAGAGAAAUCGAAAAAGAUCGUUCGGAUGAGGAGAAAUGUACUAUUGCAACAACUCUUCUUAUUCAGGAUUCAAAAGCCACUGAAUUCUGGAACCGAUUUGAAAAGAAACGAACUCUAAAACAACAACAGUAUGAUACAAAUGUCGAAAUACAAUUAAACACUCUAAAAGUGAUGAGCACUGCUUCAUCGUAUCAAAGGAAUGAAUUAUCCAAGCAAAUGGAAAAUUCGGGUGACAAUGAUAAAAAUCUGAAACGUCAAAAUGAUGACUAUAUUGAGAAAGAAAAUUCAAAAUCUUGUAAAGUUGAGGAUAGCGGUGUGAAGAAGCAGGAAAAAGAAAAAGGGAAUAAUUUGAAUGAUAAUGAUCACAGUCAGGUUAAAAAUCUCCUAAACGAGUUGCGUAGUUCAGAAAAAAUGAAAAAUUUAGUGGAAUGUUUUCAAAAAUAUUGUAACGAAUCUGUCAAUGAAUUAACUAAGAACGAAAUUAUGGAUCUUACUCCGUCUUCGGAGUUCGUACUAAGAUAUACGGAUGAAGAUGACUACAUGCAAGUUCUAAGAGAGACCUUUGAGUCCGUUGAUGAGUUAUUUCCAGAAAGCGCAAUUAAGUUCCUUAAUGAGUUUUUUUCAGAGACUUGCACUCACGAACAAUGGGAUGAUAAGUUAGAAAGCUUAUUAGAACCGGAAGAAGAUCAAUUUUUAAAAAAAUUGAAACGACUAUUAUUCGAAACGUUGCCCAUCUUCUUUGAUGCAUUUUCAAUGCUCUAUGAUAAUCCACUCAAAAAUCACAAUAUGUUGGAAGAAGAAGGUAACAAGGCUGUUCAAGCGUCUGCGUAUAGGAAACUAGUAAUGAGGCAAGAGGGAUAUACAGAUCGUUCAGACGGCCUCGCUUACAUUAUUACCGAAAAACAAUAUGAAAUAUGUGUUAUAGAAGGAUCUAGGCCAUAUGUCGUUGAUGACACGAAAGAAAUGUCUGAUUUUGUUCAGAAUGCGAGGGCAGGAAAAGAUAUAAUAAAUUACACUGUUGUGUCUGAAGUUAAACUGAAGCGAGCUCCGCCUUUACAAUUUAAGGCCUAUAUGGUGCAGAGUAUUGGACUAAGUCUUAGAUUUUACUUUAUGGAUUAUUUAGGAAAAUAUCGGCUCUUCGAAAUCGAAACAUGCGAAAUUCCAACGGAUCUGGAAGGUGUUGAUUUAUUUCCAUCUUUUUUUAAGGCAGUUGUGACUUGGGCUUUGAUGGUUAGGGAUACCGAUCAAGAGUUCCGAACGGUGAGAAACAGAAGGAGUGCGCGCUACAGUAAUGCUCAUAAUUUGCGAGUUCUUUCGGAAAUAAGUCAUAACAAGCCUCGUACAGGCAAUACAAAAAUCAUAAAGGAAAAAAAAAUAAUAUAA